CUGUGGCUCAAGGCAUUGUCCUCUCAGGACACAGGCUUCUAAGGAGCAAGCCUGACACUAUGGGGAAGGGAGACAGCACGGAGGCAGUACCAAACACCACAUCGUAUCGCUCUGUCCUGGAGGAGUACAAUUACAAGGUGGGCAAGGUCAUUGGCACUGGCUCCUACGGGACCGUGUAUGAGGCUUACCACACAAAGCAGAAGGUCACGGUGGCUAUCAAGAUCAUCUCCAAGAAGAAAGCCUCUGACGACUACCUUAACAAGUUCCUACCCCGUGAGUUACAGGUAAUGAAAGUCUUGCGGCACAAGUACCUCAUCAGCUUCUAUCAGGCCAUUGAGACCACAUCUCGAGUGUACGUCAUUUUGGAGCUGGCUCAGGGUGGUGACGUCCUUGAAUGGAUCCAGCGCUACGGGGCCUGCUCUGAGCCCCUUGCUGGCAAGUGGUUCUCCCAGAUGACCCUGGGCAUCGCCUACCUGCACAGCAAGGGCAUCGUGCACCGGGACUUAAAGUUGGAAAACCUGUUACUGGACAACCAGGACAAUGUGAAGAUUUCAGACUUUGGCUUUGCCAAGAUGGUGCCUCCUAACCAGUCUGGUCAUAAAAACAGCCUUAUGAUCUGA